CAGAAGCGAGGGAGAAGAGCGCGAUAGAAAUUCCUACGGUGAUUUUGUGGCGUAAACUUUUUUCUCUCCAUUUUUUUAAAUUAUAUAUUAAUAAGUAUACAUAUAUAUAUAUAUAUAUUUAAAUAGAGUGGAUAAACUUGUAUUACAUAUACAAUUGAAAACUUCCUUUUUCGUCUAUACCGCUCCUGUUUUACAUCAAAAUGGAAUCCAGGACUGAAUUUAAGAUAAAAUCACCACCAACUGAUGCAAUUUCUGCAGUGGAAUUUGGACCAAACUCUACACAAUUUUUAUUAGUAUCAUCAUGGGACAGUACAGUGCGAUUAUACGAUAUCCACGCAAAUACAAUGAGAUUGAAAUAUAAUCAUGAUUUACCAGUAUUGGAUGUUGCAUUUCAGGAUGCUGUCCAUGCAUAUAGUGGUGGAUUAGGAAAUACUUUAAAGAUGUAUGACAUAAAUAGUAAUACAGAAUCAAUAAUGGGUACACAUGACAAGCCAAUCAGAAAAAUAGAAUAUUGCGCGGCUGUAAAUGCCAUACUGACUGGUGGUUGGGAUGCUGCGGUGAAACUAUGGGAUCCACGAACACCCACUUGCGUCGGUAGUUAUUUGCAACCGGAAGUUGUUCUCGCUUUGUCUGUAUGUGGCGACAAAUUUGUUGUGGGAACAGCGAAACGAAAAGUUUGUAUUUGGGAUUUGAGAAAUAUGGCGGGCAUGUUUCAAAGACGAGAAAGCAGUCUAAAAUAUCAAACGCGCUGCAUCAAAGGUUUUCCUAAUGAGCAGGGAUAUGUAUUAAGUAGCAUAGAGGGUCGAGUUGCUGUGGAAUAUCUUGAUACAAUGCCGGAAGCUCAGAAGAAGAAAUACGCAUUCAAGUGUCAUAGAAUAAAAGAAAAUAAUGUUGAGCACAUUUAUCCAGUCAACGCCAUUAGUUUUCACUCUGCAUAUAAUACAUUUGCCACUGGCGGUUCGGAUGGUUAUGUGAACAUCUGGGACGGUUUUAACAAGAAACGUCUGUGCCAAUUCCAUCGUUAUAACGCCGGUGUAGCUGCACUUAGUUUCAGUCAUGAUGGUUCUGUGCUCGCAAUAGGAGUCUCGUAUUUAAACGAAGCUGAAAUUCCUCCAGGCGGCAGUGACGAACGAGAAAUUUAUAUAAGAUAUGUCAAUGAUCAGGAAACUAAACCAAAAUAAAAACAGAUAUUGCAUAAAAGAGCAUGAUUAUAAAAAGACUAUUACUAAACAGACGUGAAUCUCCUCAAUGUAUAUUCAUUUCAAGCAAGAAGAAAAGAUGAAAAUGGAGAGAAACGCAUUGUGUAAUAAAUUGUAAAUAAAUAUUUGAUUAUUAAUUUA